AUGGCUGUCGAACAAUCAAGCAACUGUCAACUUUCCGAGGCAAUCCAAUAUCUCCCUCCAGAGCUUCGUGAGAUGAUUCUCAAGGAGUACAUCGCGAUAAAAAUCAAGGACAAAAAGAAAAUGGGGUGGGACAAGGAUCAAUUGACGUCUUGCCCUUAUGUACUUGUUCCCUGUACAAACGAAAACUGUGACAUCACUGUGCAAAGGAGAAUUCUUAAACGACACAUGAUCACAUGUCAAUGGAGGAUCAUCCAACGUGAACACUGCAGCAAGCCACAUCCAAAGUACCAGAUGAAGCCUGAUCGGUGGCCUGGGAGCAAGCUUAGCAAGGAUGUCUUUCCAGAUAAAGCAACAGAAAGGAAGAUUCUUUCUUUUGCAAUCAGUUGUCCAACUGAGGGUUGUGAUUUCCACGAGGAGAUAGUCGAUGAGGCCGAAGGCCUCAUCGACUAUCUCCUCAUAGACAUCGCGCGAGAAUUCGACGAAAUAACUACGUAUUUUCGUGGAGGUUCGGCGACGAUUUAUGGAAUUCCAUCUGCCAUGAAACCCCAUCUGGACUUAGCGCGUGUCAGACUUGAAACACGAAUGUUUAUUUGGAAGGUUAAGUGCUUCAGUAAACUUUUGAGGCAAGCGAAAGCCGGAGAGGUGCUUAAUACAGCUAGUUCCCCGUUCUACUCAGACAGGUCAGAGAGUUAUGGCUACAAGCUAAAAGUACGUAUUGAUCCAAAUGGUGAUGGGUCCGGCAAGAAUACUCACCUGUCGAUGUUCAUCGUCGUCAUGGAAGGUGAAUAUGACGCCAUGCAUAUUACCCUGUAUUACCCUGGCCUUUCAAAAUUAAAGAACGUGAAGUUUACAUUGAUCGAUCAACAGGAAGAUCCAGCCCAGGGGGAAAACAUUGCGCAGUAUUUCAUACCAGGUGAUUACCCAUGCUUCACAAGGCCUACGAGUAACGAGAACAGAGCUGGGCACGGGUUUCCCGAAUUUAUAUCUCACGAGAAACUUCAUUCAAGGCCCUAUAUUGUGGAUGACACUCUGUUUCUCCAGGUUGAGAUCAGCCCGUCAUCCAGUUAAGGUUUACACGCUCGCCCUUUUCACGGCUGAAGACACGAAGAACGUAAA